AUGAAGAUGAUGAAUCAUGAUGAUAACGAGUGUCGAAGCAAUGUUGAUCAAAACUGUGAUGUUGUUGUCGUUCCUGUUGCAGAGACGAUGCGAAUCUGGAACUAUAGUGAAGGUGGACGAUGGAAGCAUGAUGAAGAAGUUGUGAUGAAAUUGUUCUGUGAUAUCAUUGGUGGGCAUUCUGAAACAAAUAAAGAUGAAGAGGUAGAGAGAAAGUUAAAGAUGAAGCAAAGAGAGCCCGCCUCCGGAAAAAUCUGUGGGCCAGGUUUUGACGUGUUUGGAUGGUUUCAUGAUGCUGUUUGGUUUUGGACCGUUUGGUGUCUGUGUUUGGAGGAAUUAUCUAACCUCCAAAAAGAAGUAGAUAAUAUGUCUGACCUUAAGAAGGAGAUGGACGUUCAUGGUGCACCUUAUGAGUUAUUCGUCAUGGUAGUCGACUUGAUGGAUUCACUUGAGGAGAAUAUGAAAACUAUUAAUGAUAUGGGGUCUUCUUUAGUAGAUGUUUCCUCUCGAAUUUCAAGGACCGAAGUGGCCCUAAAAGAAGAGACGGAAAGGCCUACCACGAUGAUUUGUCUUAACUAG